AUGGCGACGACCUUGACGCGCUCUAGACCCACCCCGGGCCGUGCAGCCGGAUACCAGCCCGUGUCCGCCGCCGAUGACGACCAUGACGCCCCCGACGACGCCACCGUCGGCGCCGGUUCGCCCCUCAACGGUCCCCCCAAACAGCUUCGGCUGUCUAGGAGGGUCGUGGUCGUGGUCGUCGUGGCCUGCGUGGCCCUCGGCCUGGCCGUCAAGUUCGUCGUCGACGGCUCGUCCGUCUUCGCCCCCGUCGACGCGGACGCCGUGUCCAAGGGCCAGUGCCACUGCGCCCCGUCGCCCGACGUGCCACAGUACUUUCAGACCUCGCCGGAGCUCUGGGCCGGCCCGACGGCCACGGGCAAGGCGCCCUUCCUCCGCCAGACGGUCACUUUUGACCCGACGGCCACCUACGUGCCCAAUGCUCCCCUGCAAACGGCAAUCCCCAUCCAGGGCAUGACUCCCGAUAACACGAGCAUCUUUCAGAUGAUGGGCUACCUGUCUCCCUACUCACCUUCCCCGGGCUUCGGCGUUUCCGAAUAUUCACUACCGCCCGGAGCAGAAAUCUUGCAGGUCCAGAUGCUAUCACGUCACGGCUCUCGAUACCCCACAAAAGGGGCAAAUGUCGUCGGUCUUGGUGACCGAAUCCAUUCAGCCAAGAAAGACAAGCAGUUCAAGGCCUCCGGGCCUCUGUCUUUCCUCAACGACUGGAAGUAUCAACUGGGCCACGAAAUCCUGGUGCCACGAGGCCGACAAGAGCUCUUUGACUCGGGUAUUUUACACGCAUACAACUACAUAGGUCUUUACAGCCCGGCGUCCAAAAUAAUCGUUCGGACUACGACUCAAGAUCGCAUGCUCAAGUCGGCCGAGUACUUCCUGGCCGGAUUUUUCGGCCUAGAAUGGACUCGCAAUGCCACCAUCGAGGUCAUCAUUGAACAGAAAGGGUUCAACAAUUCCCUUGCCGGCUACCUCAACUGCCCGAAUUCUCGGAAGAGCGAGCCCGGCAAUGAGGCCGCGAACAUCUGGAUCGACAAUUACCUGCAAAAUGCGACGGCACGACUCCGACCCAUGAUCGAGGGGUAUAUUUGGACCAUCGAAGACUCGCUUGCAGCCCAAAAUCUUUGUCCAUACGAAACUGGGAGUGCACCAACUCAUGGGGAAGAUAUAUAUACUGUUGCCUAUGGCUUCAGCCGCUUCUGCGACCUGUUCACCUACGAAGAGUGGAUAGGGUUCAGUUACGCAAUCGACCUCGGAUUUGCUGGGAACGCUGCUUUCCAGUCACCCAUUGGGAGGGCGACGGGAAUCGGGUAUCAACAAGAGGUGAUGGCGCGGCUCAAAAAUCACACGCUGGGUUACUCUGGGUCCCAGAUCAACGUCACGCUGGACAACAAUACCGAAACGUUCCCGCUCAACCAAACGCUGUACUUUGACUUCUCCCACGACACCAACAUUGUGUCAAUCCUCACAGCAUUUGGACUGCGCCAAUUCUCGCAGCUGCUCCCGCCGUCGUCCUACCCGGGCAAGCACAACUUGACCAUUUCACACAUUGUGCCCUUUGGGGCGCGGCUCGACAUUGAGAUUAUCCGGACCCCCAAGCCGCUGGCGGCCGACCGAUCCGGGUACGUGGAAGGCGGGGAGACCAAAUACGUGCACUUUGUGCUGAACCAGCGCACGGUGCCGCUAGGAUGGAGUCUCCCAGAGUGCGACGCCUCUCGGGUCGACGGCUGGUGCGAGUUCGAGGCCUUCGUGUCCUCGCAGGAGAAGAUGGCCGGACUAGCCAGGUACGACCACGCCUGCUUCGGCCAAUGGGACGACAUGCCGUACGGAUCGGUUACGGAUGGCUCACCGCCCUAA